CAUAAUUUCCUUCUGCACCGUACACUUCCGACUCUAAGACUCCUCGGUAUUCUACUUUUGUCGACCAAAAUGUCGAGUCGGCACCACAACCAGUUACCAAAUAAUUUACCACAGUUACAGAAUUUGAUUAAACGAGAUCCACAAUCGUAUUGCGAUGAGUUUUUGCAACAACACCAGCACUUCAUUUCAACUUUGGAAAUUUUUCAACUUAAACCCAGUCAGUACUCCAAGAGUUUGGAUGAAAUGAUCAUGUUCCUAGCACAGGUAGCACAUUGUUAUGCAGAGCAUCUGACUGAUUUCCCCCAGCAACUUAAAGAAUUGCUUUUGAGACAUUCUACGGUAUUGGACCCUACUAUAAGAAUGUCCCUUUGCCGUGCCCUAAUUCUUUUAAGGAAUAAAAGUUUGAUAUCAGGUGUAGAUCUGUUGCAACUGUUUUUCCAACUCUUCAUCUGCUCGGACAAACUUCUUCGAAAAACCCUUUAUUCAUAUGUUGUAUCAGAUAUCUACAAUGUAAAUGCCAAACAUAAAAAUGGCAAAUUGAACAGGACUUUGCAAAAUUUCAUGUAUGACAUGUUGAAGGACAGCAAUGCAAUUGCAGCUAAAAAGUCUCUGGAUGUUAUGAUUGAGCUGUAUCGAAGAAACACAUGGAAAGAUGCCAAAACAGUCAAUGUUAUCAGCACAGCAUGUUUCUCAAAAGUAACCAAGAUAAUGGUAGCCGCCUUGAAGUUCUUUUUGAGUAUUGACCCAACUCAUGACAGUGAGAGCGAGAGUGAGGAAGAGAACGUGAUGAGCAAAAAGAGCACAGCUGAUCUACUUUUGGGAAACAGAGUCAGUAAAAAAACGAAGAAGCGUCGGAAGCGGUUGAAUAGGGCUCUUGAUGUUUUGAAGAAACACAAGAAGAAGAAGAGACCUGCCUGUGUCAACUUCUCAACCCUUCAUCUGCUUCAUGAUCCACAAGAAUUUGCCGAUCGUUUGUUCAAACAGCUACAAUCUAGUAGUGAGUAUUAUGAUGUUAAGAUCCUCAUGAUGGAUCUGAUCUCUAGACUAAUUGGAGUCCAUCAGCUUUUUCUGCUGAAUUUUUAUCCUUUUAUUCAAAAAUACUUGCAGCCCCGACAAAAAGAUGUGACUAAGAUUCUGUUAUUUGCUGCCCAGGCUAGCCAUGAUCUUGUCCCUCCUGAUGUUAUAGAGAAUAUCGUUAAAACUAUUGCCUACAACUUCAUAACAGAACGAAAUUCUGCCGAUGCCAUUGCUGUUGGUUUAAAUGCUGUGAAAGAGAUUAUUUCUCGUUGUCCAUUGGCAUUGACUGAAGAGCUUAUACAAGAUUUAGCUCAGUAUAAGUCCAGUCGGGAAAAAGCUGUCUCCAUGGCGAGUCGAGGAUUAAUACAAGUGGUGAAGCAGAUCAAUCCCAAUAUUCUGAACAAGAAAGACAGGGGUCGAUUGACUGAAGCUAUGCAAGAAGCAGAACUAGCAUCUUAUGGAGACACUCAAGCCAAAAGUUACCUGCCAGGUGCGGAGGUUUUGCUUGAAGAAUUAGACAGUUCGAAAGUAACAGAAGAUGGCAAAACAGAUGCUGAAGGCACGGCAGAAACAGCUACAGCAGAUGAGGGGAAAAAACAAACAGAAAAUAGUGAUGAUGAUGAGGAAGAGGAGGAAGCAGUUGAUGAUGAAGACAGUGACAAUGAUGGCUGGGAAAGUUGUAGUAGUGAAGAAAUUGAAGAUGAAAGUGGAGAAUGGGUUGAUGUGAAUGAAGCAGCAAAAGAAGAAGACUCAACUAAAUCUGAGGUUCCAAAAGAUACCAAAACCAAACAGAAGAAAGUAAAAGUUUCAAAAGCAAAGGUUUUGGUCAAGCAGGAACUGGAAGAGAAGAAACAAUCUGCUUUGCAAAUAUCAGAUACAAGGAUUUUUACAGAGAUUGACUUUGAGAAGAUCAACCAUGCUUUGGUGAAAAAGCAAUUGGAUCCUGUACAGAAACGCAAGAGGAAGCGUGCUGAUGAAGCUCUUGAAAAAGAGCUGGCACCAAGAAAAGAAAUUCUUGAACUUUCCUUGAUUGAGAUGAUUCAUAAGAAGAGAAAGCACGACAAAGAAGCUCGUCUCGCCACAGUGCAAGCUGGAAAGACCGAGAGAGAACAAUUUGGUAAAGCACGUCCGAAGCGAAAUCCCAAUGCCAGUUCAACUAACAAGGAAAAGAAGAGAAACAAGAACUUCAUGAUGGUCAAGCACAAACUUUUAGGCAAGAAAAACAAGCGUUCUUUCAGGGAAAAACAGGUGGCUUUAAGAGAUGCUUUAUUGAAGAAACAGAGGACAAUGAGGAAAUAAAUGUAUAUAUUUUUAAUAAACAUAUAAAGAAAAG